CAAUUUUAUGGAGAUAUAAUCACAUACCAUACAAUCCAUCCAAGAGCUGCUAUCUCUGCUGGUGCUACUGCUACUGGAGGAGCUGGAAUCUGAGUCUGAAUCAGAGGAGGAGGAAGAGCUCAUGGAGGAAGCUGAAGAAGAGCUUUCAUCAGUGUCACUAUCCCCAGAGGAGGAUGAGAUGCUGCUGGGGUAGGGCUUUAGAAUUUUUUCCAUCGUUACAUGCACAGAAAUGAAGACAUCACAAGCCAUGGUUGGAAUUGGGAAACUGUUUUGGAUUCUCUUCCUAAUCCUGUAUCUGGACAUCUGGAGUAUCUGGGGAAAAGUAUGUGAUAUAUAAUUGUAUAUUAAAAGAGAUUCCAUAUUCUCCGUCUCAGCAGGGGACACAUUUAAACUAGAAUGCCCUGUGAAAUACUGUGCUAACAAACCUAAUAUGAUCUGGUGCAAGCUCAGUGGAACACACUGUUUAUAUCUUCCAAACAGAGUUCAAACACACAUGAGUUGGGAAAGGAAGGCUAUUUCAGCUUUUACCCUGCAUUUUGAGCAAGUGCUUGCUAAUGACAAUGGGUCAUACUGUUGUUUUGCAGAUUUUCCACCUCAACACAUUGAAAGCCACUCAGUAACCAUUUAUGUGACAGGUGAGUUCUAG